AUGUUUUGUGCCGACUAUGAAGGAAAGCACAAGAAGAAGAUUCUGCUUGAGGAAAGAAGGAAAAGGAAUGUCUCUGACCUGGACGUGGCAUCACUCAAGUUGGUCCUAACAGUUGGGCAAGCAUCACAGUAUCUUGUACUUGUCUGGAAGAAGCUCAAUGAAGAAGAUGUGGCCACAGCAGUGAAGUACUAUACAGAUGAUGACAUGCAAUGCACAUUGCAGAGCCCUAAUCGAAAAGACGUAGUGACUGCGCUAAUUGACGAUGAGAAAGUCGAGCACCGCAAGCACGUCAAGUACCACGACGACCACCCCGACGACUACAACUACCAGCACUACGACAACCACAACUACCACAACUACGACUACGAGUACCACGACCACAACUACCACUACGACUACCACUACCACGACUACCACUACCACGACUACAACCACCACGACAACCACCACGACUACAACCACCACGACUACAACCACCACGACGACUACCACCACCACGACGACGACGACGACCACCACCACCACGACGACGACGACCACCACCACCACGACGACGACCACCACCACCACGACGACGACCACCACCACAACGACGACGACCACCACCACAACGACGACCACCACGACGACGACGACCACCACCACGACGACGACCACCACCACAACCACGACAACCACGACCACCACAACUACGACAACCACGACCACCACGACCACGACAACCACAACCACGACAACCACGACGACUACAACUACUACUACAACCACGACGACUACCACGAAGUACCCAUGUAA